UUGUAUUAUUGAGUAAAUUAUUCUUUCGUUCUAUGUUGAACGAAAUGGCUAACAGCUUGGGGAUUGGUUGCAGGUUGCCUUGGAAAGGGCCUCCCGCGGGUUCUCCUUCCAUUCUUCCUGGCAACUUCCGCUCUCCACCCAGCAACAAGGACGCAGCAACUCCCAGCCCGGCGGCCGCUGAGCAGUCGCUGAAGCUACCCCGUCCACCCCACCUCCACCCCCACCCCUUCCCCCUCAGUGGCCACUGGGCAGCCUCUCAGCCCUCUGGUUCCGCGCUCGCCCGCCCGGCACUACUAGGGUGCGGAUCUCCGCAGUCUGGGCUCGACUUCCUGAUAUGGGGGGCGGGGGAGCGGCCUGGCGCUAGGCGGCGGCCGCUCUGCCCGCGCUCACCUCUGUGAGGUCAUCGAGUCCGGGAAGAGGCUCCAGGGCCGCAUCUCAGGCGGUUACCCCGAGCCAGGCUGUGCGCCGCCAUGGCCCCAGUGCAGCUGGACAACCACCAGCUCAUCCCUCCUGGCCGCGGAGGUGGCAGAGGUGGCAGAGGUGGCGGCGAAGGCAGCAGCAGGGACUUUGUGUCUGCCCCGGCUCCCCCAUCGCCCGGAGCCGCCAUGGCGGUGGCAGCAGCCUCCGUGACUAGCCCUGGAUACCGGCUUAGCACACUCAUCGAAUUUUUGCUGCACAGGGCCUACUCAGAGCUUAUGGUGUUGACGGACUUCUUGCCAAGGAAAUCUGAUGUGGAAAGGAAAAUAGAAAUUGUACAGUUUGCUAGCCGGACACGUCAACUCUUUGUUCGGUUAUUAGCUUUAGUAAAAUGGGCCAGUGAUGCUGGCAAAGUAGAAAAGUGUGCGAUGAUCACAAGCUUUUUAGAUCAUCAAGCCAUCUUAUUUGUGGAUACCGCUGACCGCUUGGCCUCCUUAGCUAGAGAUGCCCUGGUCCAUGCCUGCCUGCCUAGUUUUGCUAUCCCAUAUGCCAUUGAUGUACUGACUACUGGCUCUUAUCCAAGGCUUUCAACUUGCAUCAGGGACAAAAUUAUUCCUCCAGACCCUAUUACCAAGAUUGAGAAACAAGCCGCACUUCAUCAGCUUAAUCAGAUUCUUAGACAUAGGCUUGUAACAGCAGAUCUUCCUCCACAGCUAGCAAAUCUUACAGUGGCGAAUGGCCGUGUGAAGUUUCGAGUUGAAAGAGAAUUUGAAGCAACCUUGACAGUGAUGGGUGAUGACCCAAAAGUCCCAUGGUGUCUUCUCAAACUAGAAAUUCUAGUUGAGGAUAAGCAAACGGGAGAUGGGCGAGCUUUGGUUCAUAGCAUGCAAAUUGACUUUAUCCAUCAGCUAAUCCAGUCCAGGCUCUUUGCUGAUGAGAAACCUCUUCAGGACAUGUACAACUGCCUGCAUUUUUUCUGCUUAUCGCUUCAAUUAGAAGUAUUACAUUCCCAGACGCUAAUGUUAAUCAGAGAGAGGUGGGGAGACCUUGUACAGGUGGAAAGAUACCGUGCUGGAAAGUGCCUCUCAGUUUGGAGCCAACAGGUUCUAGGGAAAAAAACAGGCACAGCAUCUGUUCACAAAGUUACAAUUAAAAUCGAUGAGAAUGAUGUCUCCAAGCCUUUACAGAUUUUCCACGAUCCUCCUUUACCAGCUUCUGAUUCUAAAUUAGUAGAAAGAGCCAUGAAGAUUGACCACUUAUCAAUAGAAAAGCUCCUGAUUGACAGUGUACACUCACGAGCCCACCAGAAGCUGCAGGAACUGAAGGCCAUUCUUAGAAGCUUCAAUGCUAAUGAAAACUCUUCCAUAGAGACUGCACUUCCAGCUCUUAUUGUACCCAUCUUGGAGCCCUGUGGUAAUUCGGAGUGCCUGCACAUUUUUGUAGAUUUGCAUUCUGGAAUGUUCCAAUUGAUGCUUUAUGGACUUGACCAGGCCACUCUGGAGGACAUGGAAAAAUCGCUGAAUGAUGACAUGAAGCGGAUCAUCCCUUGGAUUCAACAACUUAAGUUUUGGCUGGGACAACAGCGUUGCAAACAAUCUAUAAAACAUCUGCCUACAAUAACCACUGAAACGUUGCAGCUUGCCAACUAUUCAACACAUCCCAUUGGUAGGCUUUCUAAGAACAAGUUGUUUAUUAAACUUACUCGCCUUCCGCAGUACUACAUUGUUGUGGAAAUGCUUGAGGUUCCUAAUAAGCCCACCCAGCUAUCAUACAAGUAUUACUUUAUGUCUGUGAGUACUGCAGAUGGCGAGAACACACCUGUCAUGGCACUGCUGCUGCAGCAAUUCAAGGACAACAUCCAGGACUUGAUGUCCUAUACAAAGAUUGGAAAACAGACCAUAAUUGGUACCAAGCACAACUUAUCUGAUGACCCAUGUCCUGUAGAAUGCAAGAAAGCCAAACGAUCAGGAGAAAUGUGUGCCUUCAAUAAAGUUCUAGCUCACUUUGUCGCUAUGUGUGACACCAACAUGCCAUUUGUAGGACUUCGAUUGGAGUUGUCCAACCUGGAGAUACCACAUCAGGGAGUACAAGUGGAAGGUGACGGCUUCAGCUAUGCAAUUCGCUUACUAAAAAUUCCUCCCUGUAAGGGAAUAAGUGAGGAAACGCAGAAGGCUCUGGACUGCUCUCUUCUUGAUUGCACUUUCCGAUUACAAGGUAGAAAUAACCGCACAUGGGUGGCAGAGUUAGUGUUUGCAAAUUGUCCUCUUAAUGGCACUUCUACCAGGGAGCAAGGACCAUCCAGACAUGUUUACCUGACAUAUGAAAAUCUGUUGUCUGAACCUGUUGGUGAUAGAAGAGUAGUUGAAAUGUUUCUUAAUGACUGGAGUAGCAUUUCCCGAUUAUAUGAGUGUGUGUUGGAAUUUGCACAUUCUCUACCAGAAAUACCUGCUCAUCUGAAUUUUUUCUCAGAAGUUUGUGUUUAUAAUUAUCGAAAACUUAUCUUGUGUUAUGGAACCACCAGAGGAAGCUCAAUUAGUAUCCAGUGGAAUUCCAUUCAUCAGAAAUUUUACAUUUCUUUGGGAACAGUUGGCCCAAACUCAGGUUGCAGUAAUUGUCAUAGUACCAUUCUCCAUCACCUUCAAGAAAUGUUCAACAAAACGCCAAAUGUGGUCCAGUUGUUACAGGUUUUGUUUGAUACUCAGGCACCAUUAAAUGCCAUCAACAAACUCCCUACUGUUCCAGUGCUGGGCUUGACUCAGAGAAGUAACACCGCCUACCAGUGUUUCUCCAUAUUACCACAUUCAUCCACCCACAUCAGACUGGCCUUCAGGAACAUGUACUGCAUUGAUAUAUACUGCCUUAGUCACGGUGUCGUGGCAGUACGGGACGGUGCCUAUAGUCUUUGUGAUAACAGCAAGUUAGUUGAAGGCUUCUGUCCUGCACCAGGAUUAAAGACUUUCCUGAACAUGUUUGUUGAUAGCAGUCAAGAUGCUCAGAAAAGAGCUUUAAAGGAGGAUGAUUACCCUCCUUCUCCUAUAGGAGGAGAUAGGAUGGACUCUUUAAUAUCACAACUCCAGCCACCUCAGCAACAGCCAUUUCCAAAGCAGCCAGGAACAUCGGGCGCUUACCCUCUUACUUCAUCCCCUACAUCCUAUCGCAGCCCAGUUAAUCAGCCCCCCGCUAUGAUGCACACACAGCCUCCAGGAGCCCUUGACUCUAGUUCUCCAUACACUCUUAUGUCAUCAAGACGGGCAGGAAACUUGCCUGGGUCUCCUCCAGUGUUUGUGUCCAGACUCUCACCAGCAACCCUUUUGCCUGGAAUGUCACCAGCUAACCCAUCUCUGCAUUCACCUGUCCCAGAUGUUUCUCAUUCCCCUCGAGCUGGCACAAGUUCCCAGACAAUGCCAACCAACAUAUCUCCACCUCGAAAACUACCUCAGCGCUCCUGGGCAGCAUCCGUACCCACCAUUCUCACUCACAGUGCCUUGAACAUCUUACUGCUACCUUCUCCAAUGCCAGGCCUUAUACCUGGCCUGGCAGGUAGUUAUCUUUGUUCCCCACUUGAGAGAUUCCUUGCUGUCAUCAUGAGACGACACCUUCAAAGAAUUAUCCAACAGGAGACUUUGCAGCUGAUCAGUUCCAAUGAACCUGGUGUAAUCAUGUUCAAGACAGAUGCCCUGAAAUGCAGAGUAACCCUUAGUCCCCAAACCAACCAGACCCUUCAGCUAAAAGUGACACCUGAAAAUGCAGGACAGUGGAAACCUGAUGAGCUUCAAGUUUUGGAGAAAUUCUUUGAAACAAGAGUUGCAGGACCACCAUUUAAAGCCAACACACUUAUAGCCUUCACCAAGCUGUUGGGAGCGCCAACACACAUCCUCCGGGACUGUGUGCAUAUAAUGCAGUUGGAGGUGUUCCCAGACCAAGCAACCCAGCUGAAAUGGAACGUUCAAUUUUGCCUCACCAUCCCUCCUAGUGCACCACCAAUUGCAGCUCCUGGGACACCAGCCGUGGUCCUGAAAUCCAAAAUGCUGUUUUUUCUUCAGCUAACCCAGAAAACAUCAGUCCCUCCCCAAGAACCUGUUAGUAUAAUAGUUCCAAUUAUUUAUGAUAUGGCUUCAGGUAUCACCCAGCAGGCAGACAUUCCCAGACAGCAGAACUCUUCUGUUGCUGCCCCAAUGAUGGUCAGCACCAUUCUGAAGAGGUUUGCAGAGAUGAACCCUCCACGGGAAGGUGAAUGUACAAUAUUUGCAGCUGUUUGUGAUUUAAUGGCACAUCUUACACUGCCCCCUGGUGGGUGUCCAUAGACCGAAUUGAUUUUAAACCAGGAAGGCUGACAAAUGAAACAAAACUACACACACACACACACACACACACACACACACACACACACACACACACACACAUGGAGG